GAUGGGUUUGAAGGCAACGGGGGGUUGGAGGACAACGAGAUCCUUCCGAGAGGCGGCAUGAUCCCAAGAGGAGAGAUGAUCCCAAGAGGAGGGAUGAUCCCAAGAGGCAACAAGAUCCCGAUGGGUACCAACGACAUCCCGAUGGGUACCAAUGACAUCCUGAUGGAUACCAACGACGUCCCAAUGGGUACCAACGACGUCCCGAUGGGUUCCAACGAGGUCCCGAUGGGUUCCAAUGAGAUCCCGAUGGGUUCCAAUGAGAUCCCGAUGGGAUCCAACGAGCUCCAGCCACAGGAUCCGGCCGAGGUGGACGACCUGGACCCCGGCACCAUUGACCAACUCAUCGAGCUCUCCAGCAAACUCCACCUCCCCGCGGACGACGUCGUGGACAUCAUCCACGACGUGGAGCAGAAACGCAAGCAAGAGGCCACCAUCGGGGCCCCCCCCCGCCUUAUCCACCCCCCCCAGCCCCAAAGCCGCCCCGUUCCCAUCUCCAAUCACAUUCCAGGCCGGACUUUCCUGCCCCCCCCGCGCCGGCCCCCGCCGCCUCUUCGGGAUCGGGAGCUGCAGCGGUACCUGGAGAGGGUUUUGGGGGGCCCCCCCAGGGGGUUCCCAUAGGGGGGGCACAACCCCCCCCCUCAUCCCCAAUUAGGACUCCCCCAUUUAUCCUGCUCGGGUGUUGUGUUCCUCCCCGUUCCCAUUGCUGAGCCC